AUGGUAUUUUUCACAUGCAAUGCCUGUGGCGAAUCCGUGAAGAAGGUCCAGGUGGAGAGGCAUGUGGCUGUCUGCAGGAACUGUGAGUGCCUCUCCUGCAUCGACUGUGGCCAGGACUUCUGGGGCGAUGACUAUAAAAACCACGUGAAAUGCAUCAGCGAAAGUCAGAAGUAUGGUGGCAAAGGUUACGAGGGUAAAGCCCACAAAGGCGACAUGAAGCAGCAGGCGUGGAUUCAGAAAAUUAAUGAAUUGAUGAAAAGACCCACCGUCAGCCCCAAAGUGAGGGAACUUUUAGAGCAAAUGAGUGGUUUCGACAACAUUCCAAGGAAAAAGGUGAAGUUUCAGAAUUGGAUGAAGAACAGUUUAAAAAUCCACAGUGACUCAGUCCUGGAACAGGCGUGGAGUAUCUUUUCUGAAGCAGCCAGGAACGAGCCAGUCUGUGAGGGGCAAGCUAAACAACCACUGAACCAGGCAGCCAAUCCGUGCGCAGAGGUGUCCCCCAAGGCCCCACCCUCCAGCACACAGGGAGCCCCGGAGAAGCGGACAGAGGCGAAGAAGAGUAAGAGAGAGAGGAAGGAAGAGCGGCAGAAGAGCAGGAAGAAGGAGAAGAAGGAGCUCAGAGUAGAAAACCAGCAGGAAAAUUCCGGAAGUCAGAAGCCUAAGAAGCGCAAAAAGGGGCUGGAGGCUGGCGACGCGGAGACCCCCGAGGCGAACGGCACGGCCGGGAAGAAAGGCAAGAAGAAAAAGAAGAAGGGCGAAGACCCUGCCCAGGAGGAGACGGCACCAGGCGCCGGGAAGCGAAAACGGACGCCCUCGGAAGAUGAAGCUGAUUCCAAGAAGAAAAAGAUGAAGAUUCCUGGACAUCCUGAGGGUGGAGAAUCCGCAGACACUUCUGGAAAAGGGAAAUUCAACUGGAAGGGAACUAUAAGAGCAGUUCUGAAACAGGCCCCAGACAACGAGCUGCCAGUCAAGAAGCUAAAGAAAAAGGUUUUAGCUCAGUAUUACGCAGUGGCCACCGAGCAGCACAGAUCUGAGGAGGAGCUCCUGGCCAUUUUCAACAAGAAGAUCAGUAAGAACCCCACCUUCAAGCUGCUGAAGGACAAAGUCAAGCUCCUGAAGUGA